GCGUUUCAUGAGAUCCCAAUCCAGGUGCUCAAGUUUCUGCACAAAGUGCUGCCGGCACCACGUUCCAGUCUGCUGCAAGGACUGUUUGCCUUGUGCACACACAGCCUGCUUAAUAAAUUACUCCCAUAACCAGGGGUUUGCCGAGGAGGAUGGAAUUUGAACUCUUGGGACCAACUGUGAAGUGAAAAAGUAGAAACUGGGCAGCCUGGGCUGAGAUGGAUGAUGAGGGAGCAAACCAAAACACCARCAAGUUGCAAGGAGCCGGAUGCCAGCCAUCUGCAACUUCUCUAUCAAACCCACUGAUGAGGGACUUUGUCUCAGACUGGUCUCCUUUACAUGAUGCCUCUGUCCAUGGGCGUCUGCUUACCCUGAAGAAGCUCAUCAACCAGGGGAGCAAUGUCAAUCUGCUUACAGCAGACCAGGUGUCUCCUCUUCAUGAAGCCUGCCUAGGGGGCCAUGCUGCUUGUGCCAGUGUCUUAUUAAAACAUGGUGCUCAGGUGAAUGGUGUUACUGUUGACUGGCACACUCCUUUGUUCAGUGCCUGUGUCAGUGGCAGUGUGGCUUGCUUGAAUUUACUGCUGCAGCAUGGAGCCAGUCUGCAUCCACCCUGUGACUUAGCAUCCCCCAUCCAUGAAGCUGCUAAGCGAGGUCAUGUGCAAUGUGUUGAAUUCCUUGCAUCCCAUGGAGUAAAUAUAGAUGAGAACAUCAAACAUCUGGGUACUCCGCUUUAUGUAGCUUGUGAAAACCAGCAAAUAAGCUGUGCCAAGAAGUUACUUGAGUCAGGAGCAAAUGUGAACAGUGGCAAGGGCCUGGACUCCCCACUGCACGCAGCUGCCAGGAGCUGCAGCCCCGAGCUCGUGAGCCUGCUCAUCGACUACGGAGCGGACAUCUGGGCAAAGAACGCCGACAGCAAAAGGCCAAUGGAGCUGGUUCCUCCAAGCCAUCCACUAAGUCGACUCUUUCUGCAGAAAGAAGGGCCGCUCUCCCUGAUGCAGCUGUGCCGCCUGUGCAUCCGGAGGUGCUUUGGACACCGACAGCAUCAAAAAAUAGCUGGACUUCUCCUCCCGGAUGAACUGAAACAUUUCCUUCUCCACAUUUAAGCCUUCAGUAACUGAAAUUGUGCCUUUAAUGACACCGCAAGGUUUCUUAAGGAAAGACACAUUAGUAGUGUUACCAGUGCCCAAAGUGGUGCUUCCUGAUAGUUGAUAGUUUCUCAUAGAGCACCAGGUCCAAGACACGUGGGAAUAGCCAUCCUGCUAGGCUCUCACUAUCCUCUCCUCAAAAUCCAUAAUUUUGAAAGAAACAGUUCUGGUUGGUUUGAGAAGGUGUCUCUGAAGCCUCCUAGAAAGCAUAAAAAUUGUGCAUAUCUUCUCCAAAGAGUUCUCUUUGUUGUCUGGAUUCCAGCAGUUUCAGAGUACUUGGGGCUGAUGGUGCCUUGCAAAGAAAAUGCAUGUCCCAAGCCAAUACAAGCAGCUCUGCACAGAUAUUUUCUCAAAAGAUAGCUGCACUUUGUCURUAAGCAGCAACCCUGUGUCAUCUGUAGUAGCUUUAGCAUAGCACCA